AUGGGGGCUCCUCCAUCUAAGGCAGAGGGACCCUGGGUCCAACUCCAGAAACUUCUGGCCUCCUGGCUGGUCAGAGGGCAGGACUGGGAUCAGCAUGUGGACGAGGCCCACAUGCUGCAACAGAAGAGGAUCCAAGACUCUCCACUGCUCCAGGCAGCCAAGGAGAAUGACCUGUGUGUCCUCAAGAAGCUUCUGCUGGACCGAAGCUGUGACUUCCGGCAGAGAGGAGCCUUGGGGGAGACAGCGCUGCAUAUAGCGGCACUCUAUGACAAUCUCGAAGCCGCCAUGGUGCUGAUAGAGGCUGCCCCGGAGCUGGUCAAGGAGCCCACCUUGUGCGAGCCAUUUGUAGGUCAGACUGCACUGCACAUAGCCAUCGUGAACCAGAACGUGAACUUGGUAGCCCUGCUCGCCCACGGGGCCAGCGUCUCUGCAAGAGCUACGGGCACAGCUUUCCGCCGCAGCCCCCGCAACCUCAUCUACUUUGGGGAGCACCCUUUGUCUUUCGCUGCCUGCGUGGGCAGCGAGGAGAUCGUGAGGCUGCUCAUUGAGCAUGGAGCUGACAUCCGGGCCCAGGACUCCCUGGGGAACACCGUGCUGCACGUCCUCAUCCUCCAGCCCAACAAGACCUUCGCCUGCCAGAUGUACAACCUGCUGCUGUCCUACGAUGGGCGCGGGGACCACCUGCAGCCCCUGGACCUCGUGCCCAACCACCAGGGUCUCACCCCCUUCAAGCUGGCCGGAGUGGAGGGCAACACUGUGAUGUUCCAGCACCUGAUGCAGAAACGGAAGCACAUCCAGUGGACGUACGGGCCGCUGACCUCCACCCUCUAUGACCUCACGGAGAUCGACUCCUGGGGGGAGGAUGUGUCCUUUCUCGAGCUUGUGGUUUCCUCCAAGAAGCGAGAGGCUCGCCAGAUCCUGGAGCAGACCCCAGUGAAGCAGCUGGUGAGCUUCAAGUGGAAGAAAUACGGGCAGCGGUACUUCUACGUUCUGGGCGCCGUGUACGCGCUCUACGUGAUCUGCUUCACGGCCUGCUGCGUCUACCGCCCCCUCAAGCUCCGCACGGGCAACCGCACAGACCCCCGGGAUAACACCGUCCUCCAACAGAAACUGCUACAGGAGGCCUAUGUGACUCAGCAGGAUAAAAUCCGUCUGGUGGGGGAAUUGGUGACCAUCGCGGGGGCUGUGAUCAUCCUGCUCCUAGAGAUCCCAGACAUCUUUAGGGUUGGUGCUUCUCGAUAUUUUGGACAGACUGUCCUCGGGGGACCAUUCCAUGUCAUCAUCAUCAUCUAUGCCUGCAUGGUGCUGGUGACCAUGGUGAUGCGGCUCUCCAACAUGAACGGGGAGAUGGUGCCCAUGUCCAUUGCCCUGGUGCUGGGCUGGUGCAGUGUUAUGUACUUUGCUCGAGGAUUCCAGAUGCUUGGUCCCUUCAGCAUCAUGAUCCAGAAGAUGAUUUUUGGAGACCUCAUGCGUUUCUGCUGGUUAAUGGCUGUGGUUAUUCUGGGAUUUGCCUCCGCGUUCUAUGUCAUUUUCCAGACAGAGGACCCAGCCAAUCUAGGGCAAUUCUAUGACUAUCCCAUGGCACUGUUCAGCACCUUCGAGCUGUUCCUCACCGUCAUUGAUGGGCCUGCCAACUACGAAGUGAACUUGCCCUUCAUGUUUGGCAUUGUCUACUUUGCCUUCACCAUAAUCGCCACGCUGCUCAUGCUCAACCUAUUCAUCGCCAUGAUGGGCGACACUCACUGGCGGGUGGCCCACGAGCGGGACGAGCUCUGGAGGGCGCAGGUGGUGGCCACCACGGUGAUGCUGGAGAGGAAGCUGCCUCGCUUCCUGUGGCCUCGCUCUGGGAUCUGCGGGUGCCAGUACGGGCUGGGGGACCGCUGGUUCCUGCGAGUCGAGAACCACCACGAUCAAAAUCCUUUGCGAGUACUUCGCUAUGUGGAAGCUUUCAAGGGCUCAGACAAGGAGGAUGGACAAGAGCAGCUUUCUGAGAAACAGCCCUCUGUUUCUGCCAUUGAAAGUGGGACCAUAGCCAGAGCCUCUCUGGCCCCCCCCACCCCCUCCCUGUCCCGGACCACAUCUCACAGCAGCAGCCACCGGGGCUGGGAGAUCCUUCGUCGCAACACCCUGGGACAUGUGAAUCUUGGGCUGGACCUUGGCGAGGGGGAUGGAGAGGACAACAUCUAUCAUUUAUGA